CCCACCCGGGUCUCCCGGUAGUGGGCGUUCGCGGUGCCUUCUGGGAACUGUAGUUCCGGGGCGGUAGAGAGGCCGGGCCGGGCGGGGAGGGGCCGCCGGCGGCGCGGCGGACUCCGUUUCCCAGAGUGCCCGCAGGGGGUGGCAUGGCGGACAAGGAUGACACCGGAGUUUGACGAAGAAGUGGUGUUUGAGAAUUCCCCGCUCUACCAGUAUCUGCAAGACUUGGGACAGACAGAUUUUGAAGUAUGCUCCUCUGUGUCGCAGAAGGCAGAGCAAUGUGCAGCAGCAGAAAGCCAAAAAGAGCGGACUGUGCAUGCUCCCCAGAAACAAAGCACCCUGUCAAAACUAGUUGAAUUCUUUAGAAGUUGGUUUCCUUUUCCGCAAUAUAAGAAAAACGAUGACAUACUUCACCGACUGGAUGUUGGAUUUCGGUUUGACACGCUCCGUACCAUCCUGCAACAGGAAGUUCUGCUGCAGGAGGAUGUGGAACUGAUUGAGUUCCUUGACCCCAGUAUCCUGUCUGCAGGGCAGUGUAAGCAACAGGAAAAUGGACAGCUUCCAACGCUACGCUCCCUAGCAACUCCUAAUAUUUGGGAUCUCUCGCUGCUGCUUGCCUUUGUAAGUGCGCUGUUUAUACUUCCUUCGUGGAAGGAAUCAUCGUGGCUGCUGUGGGGACUUGUUCUGCUUGUCUAUGCAGUCUUUCGAGUGUGGGGCACAUGGAGGACAGCCAAGCUGCAAAUGUCUCUGCGAAAAUACUGUAUCCAGCUGGAAGAAACAGUGGCAAAUAGCCGAGCUUUUACUAAUCUCGUGAGGAAAGCUCUACGACUCAUUCAAGAGACUGAAGUAAUUUCCAGAGGAUUUACCCUUUUGCUUGACAGGGUCAGUGCCGCUUGCCCAUUUAAUAAAGCUGGACAACAUCCUAGUCAGCAUCUCAUUGGUCUCCGGAAAGCUGUGUAUCGAUCUGUCAGAGCCAACUUUCGAGCUUCAAGACUGGCUACUCUAUACAUGCUGAAAAACUACCCUCUAAACUCAGAGAGUGACAACGUGACCAGCUACAUCUGUGUAGUCCCCUUUAAGGAGCUGGGUCUGGGACUGAGUGAAGAGCAGGUCUCUGAAGAAGAGGCACAUAACCUAACUGAUGGCUUCAGCUUGCCUGCGCUCAAGGUCCUCUUUCAGCUCUGGGUAGGGCAAAGUUCAGAAUUCUUCAGGAGGCUGGUGCUGCUCCUCUCCCCAGCGAACGCAUCCCCCAAGACCUUGGUCUCCCCCGAACGGCUGCCUCAUCAUAUCUUGUCUGAUGUGACUCAGGGCCUACCUCACACACACGCUGCCUGCUUAGAGGAGCUUAAGCGAAGCUAUGAGUUUUAUCGGUACUUUGAAACUCAGCAUCAGUCAGGUUUUGAACGGUCAACCAGAACAAAGCAGAAUUCAAGAGAGCUGAACAGUCUUCAGACAGCGGUACGCAGCUUGCAACUUCAUCUCAAGGCACUGCUCAAUGAGGUAAUAAUUCUUGAGGAUGAACUUGAGAAACUUGUUAGCACUAAGGAGACACCUGAGUUAACAACAGAAGCCCAUCAGGUUCUGGAACAAAAACUAAAGUUUAUCCAGCCUCAUAUCCAGGCAAGCAACAGCUGCUGGGAAGAAGCCAUUUCUCAGGUGGAAAAAAUGAGUGGGAGGAACCCAGAUAAAAAAGGCAAACUUGAAGUUUCCCGUGACAACCUGCAGCGUACUGCAGUACCUUUAACACAACCUGCCAUAUACAUAGAAAACAAAGAUCCAAUCCCUGAAGAGCAGGAAUUGGAAGCAUAUGUUGAUUAUUCAGAUACAGAGAAUGAUUACAAAAGGGAAGAUUUUUACUGCUUUUCCCAGGAAGAAAGAGAGAGACAAGAACGAGAGAGACAGGAAUCUAAAAGGGUGUUACAAGAACUGAAAUCUGUACUGGGAUUUAAAGCUUCAGAAAUAGAAAGACAGAAAUGGAAACAGCUGCUAUUCAGUGACCAUGCUGCAGUGAAACCCUUGUCUCCUGUAGAACCACUGAAGCUACUAAAUAAUUUGGAAUCACAUAUGAAUUCAGAUACAGAAAAGCAGGACUGCAGCCAAAGUUAUGAUAAAUCUGAAGAGAGAGACUCUACUCCAAAAGUGAAUGCUGCUGAUAAAAGCAGGACAAAGUAUUUGUAUGAAGAUCCUGAGAUGGAAACAAACAAAGACAAUACUACUGAUGAAGGUAUUUCUACAGGGGCUGAAGAAAGAAUGUGUUAUCAGCAUGGAGGAGAAGUGGAAGAACUCGAGCCAAGCAAUACGGAUGGAGUAGAGGUUUUGCAGUCUCCUUCCAAGGAUGCAUUGCAUUCAAAAAUCAAGCAUAGGCUGGCCCAGCUCCGCAUAUCAACUGAUUUAAACUUCACAUCUGGUCUGGCCGCACAAGUUGCUGCCAGGUCUUUCACUUUUACCACAAUGCAAGAAGAGACUUUUGGAGAUGAGGAGGAGGAGGAGGAAGAGAACACAGAGGAGUGUGAAGACCUUGUGGAGGACUGUAAGAAUGAAGAUAGAGAUCCUGAAAGUGAAGGAAAAGCUUAAAUCUGAGCUGAACUUUGUUAAAGCAACAGCAGGCAAUUUGAUGGCAAAAAAUGAGGUAGGGGGUUGAAGAUGAAAAUACUGGAUGGGGUAAAAAAAAAAAGAGACCUAGAUAUAAUUCAUCUUGUUCCCUAAGUCUGACACACUGAAUAGAACUUCUAAGUAUAUUGAAAAUCUGCGGGUAAGAGAAGUUUAGUCUGCAUCCAAGAAAUAGUUGGCUGUUGCCUUUUUAAGAUUCUAGCGGUGGGUUUUGAGAUUCACCUUUGUGCUUUCUGUUUUAUUUAUUUGUAUUAUAAAUGUAUUGUGUUGGGGGUUUUUUUCUAAAAAUAAGGAAAAACUAUGUCCUGAAUUACAACAGACUCCAGUUUUUGCUUUUUGAUUCUGUUGUUGUGGUAUCAAUGUUUGUUCCAACAAAAAAAAAAAGCCAGAAUAUUUCUUUUGGAAGAACCUGAACUGUUCCCUGUGAUCUUCCCCCACUGCUUUCAUUUCACUUCUUGUGUCUGCAGUGUGUUGGCAAAGCCGCUGUAGGCAUUUGUGAGUCGUGACUGGUGAUGUGGCUCCCAGCUACAACGUAGAAUUUUAAAUAAAAACUUGAAAGAGCUAGAAUUUGAUGUGUCCUGGGGCUGAAAUAGUAUAAAGUUAGUUAUGCUUCAUAUUAAGGUUUAUUUAGCAUUUUUAUGAAGGGUUAAUAAAUGAUUUCUAGAUGUUGUAAUUCACGUUAGAGAAAUGUGUAGCAUACGUUAGGAAGGGUUAUAAGCGCAUCAGUAGAAAAUACUAUAGACAGCUAGAAGCUCUCUGUUGGACUGAGAAUAGAUGAGAAGUAAAUACCUAUUUAUUAAAGCAGCUAUUAAUUAUUUGUUAACCUUUUGUAAAUUGAACCUUAAUAGAUUUGUUUGAUUUGA